UGAUAGUUUUAGUUCCCAAAAAUACAUCACAACUCACGUAGUUGCUGCACAAAAUCUCUAAAUUAUUUUUAAAUUUAAACAUUAACAAAAAACAUUGAUAGUAAAUAUGGCCGAAGUAAGCAGCGCAGAUAAAUUGGAUUAUGUGAAGUCGAAAAUUGGCGAAUAUGCUGAUUUCCCCAAAAAAGGAAUUGUCUUUCGUGAUAUAUUUGGGGCACUCACGGAUGGCAAGGCUUGUGUUUAUCUACGUGAUUUGCUGGUGCGCCACAUUCGUGAUAAAUACCCCGAUGUGGAGCUUAUUGUGGGCCUCGAUUCGCGUGGCUUUCUCUUCAAUCUGCUGCUGGCCACCGAACUCGGAGUGGGAUGUGCCCCCAUUCGCAAGAAGGGCAAACUAGCCGGUGAGGUCAUCUCUGUCGAGUAUCAACUGGAGUACGGCUCUGACGUGUUUGAGUUGCAACGUGCUGCUAUUAAGCCUGGACAGAAGGUUGUUAUUGUGGAUGAUCUCCUUGCCACUGGAGGAUCUCUGUUGGCUGCCACAGCCCUGGUGCGUAAAGUUGGAGGCGUUGUUCUGGAAAGUUUGGUUGUCAUAGAGCUGGUUGGACUGGGAGGCCGCAAGAAGCUAGACUCCAAUGUACAUUCCUUGAUACAGUACUAACAAACUAACAAAAGGAAAAGAAGAUCAAAAGACACAUCUUUUGCAUUUGCAUUUAGACAUCAAAUUUGUACCUCAAUCGAACAAAAUUUUAAAUUUUGUAAUACUGUAAUAAUGGAAAUUCUUAUAAGCAUAUUUUAACAGGUUGUCCAAACAAAAGAAUAGUGCAAAUAAAAGAAUUUAUAUUUUUAUAC